AAAAGCGGAUCGUAUACUAUGUCAUUGUGUGUGAAGGUAGAAGCUGUGGAGGAGGAUGUUCUCAUGUGUGGGGCUGCGCGGUGACAGGUGACAUCAUUUGAUUCACUUAAGUUGGUCUUUUCUGCCACACAGCAAUUUCAACCGAAAGUUUAUCUUAAAUAGGCUACUAUUAGUCCAGCUAACUGUCAAAGAUCAACUGUCAAAUAUCAAUACGUCAAAUUAAUUGUCAUUUAGCCUACUCCGUUAGUUUGUUCGGAUGGGAGUUAUGUCUUAAACUGACGUCAUCCUGCAGGCCUGUUGAUGUGAUUUAAAGAUUUCUGCUGAGAUGUGCUGACUGUGCUUUACUGAUGUUGGAAAAAUGGCAGGCAGACCAACAGGCACUUUGAUGUCAGUGAAGGAGAUGAACAAGGACCAGGACCGGCCCUACGUAUGCAGCGCGCAUGCUUGCUCUCAGAGCUUCCAGACUGAAGCCCAUCUGAUGAUCCACAGACACAAGCAUGAGAUGACCCUGAAGUUCCCCUCCAUCAAGACAGACAACGCCUUUACAGACCAGACUCCAACACCGACGCGUUUUCUGCGAAACUGUGAGGAGGUUGGCCUCUUCAGGGAGAUCGAGGAGGAGUUCCGUGAGGAACAGGAAGAGGAGCACAACAAACAGAAUCUCCCUAAAAAUGGACCCUCGUGUCCAAACCAGGCUCAGUCCCGUCACCAGCCUCAGAUCCAGGCCCAGCACCAUCACCCCCAGACCCAGCACCAUCCCCAGACCCAUGGCAGCAUGAUGGGUCCUAGCUGCAGUCUGGCUGCCCAGCAGACUCUGCCCUCCUCCCAGGCUGGCUCAGUCAUCACCCAGGCCCCCUCCACUCUCACACACAGCGGACCAGUCCCUGGGUCGCUGUCUUCCUUGCUGCAUCUGAGGAACAGACAGAGACAGCCCCUGGCUGCCUCCAUGCCCGGCACUCUGCCAGACCCGGCCAUGCAAGGGGCAUCUGCACAGCACAUGACGAUGGAGGGACAGAUGUCCCGAAUGAUGGGGAUUCCAGGCCCCUCCCAUAACACAUCCUGCUCCUCCCCCCAGAGGUCUAAACCAACCAUGGGCCACCAUCACCCCCAUCACCACCCAGCAGUCGCCAACAGCAACAACAUGACACCGAUGGGUCACAUGAUGGAGAUGAUGUCACAGCGGCAGCAUCACCACCAGCAGCACCUGCAGGCUCCGCCCCUCCCCUACCAACAGCACUGCCACGCCCCGUUACAACACAUGGGGAACGCCCACAAUCACCAGGGCCACCAACCAGGGAAUGCGAUACACCCUCAGGCCCACCAAUCACCACCGUCGCACAUGCAGGCUGGCCACACCCACCAGGGCUCCCCUCACCUGCCCCUCCUCUCCAUACCAGGACAGUUGUCUCCAGCUGCGCUGUCUCAUUCCCAGCAUGCAGUUCUGUCCAGCGGCAGCAGCAGCAGCAGUGGCGGGGGCGGAGGCAGUGGCGGGCGUCGUAGGAGGUCGAUGGACCAGGACCCGGACGAGCGCAGACAGAAGUUUCUGGAGCGGAACCGAGCGGCGGCCACGCGCUGCAGACAGAAGAGGAAGGUGUGGGUGUCCUCGCUGGAGAAGAAGGCUGAGGAGCUAACACACACCAACAUGCAGCUACAGAACGAGGUGACUACUCUCAGGUCAGAGGUCGGCCAGUUGAAACAGAUCCUGCUGACCCACAAAGACUGUCCUGUCACCGCCCGGCAGAGAGAGGCUCAGGGGUACCCCAAUCCAGGGCGGAGCCCGGGAGGAAGUCCCGCCCCUUUGUGUCCGGGGUCUCGUCAGCAGGCCAUCCAACACAACAGCGUCUCCACCUCCUCGGCUGCCGGGGGCAACACAGCGCGCCGCGACCACACGGACAUCAACCCGGCGCACUAACACAGACACUAACGUUCUGGAUCUGCAGAUGCAUCUCAAAAGUCCACAUGGUCUCCGUCUCCUGGUCUCUAGGUGCUGACGUGAAAGGAUAUCUCUCUAAGCCUUGAGUCAUUGGCUCUUUAACACUGUGAUGGUCACCCGAGAACUGGAUCAUGUGUGUGUGUGUGUGUUUGUGAUUGUGAGAGUGUCUUAGACCAUUUCUGUUUCCAUACAUGGUAUGUCUAAAUGGAAAUGAAUGCCCCAGGACUUUGUAUUUGCUAACACGUUCAUUCUGAAUAUGUAGGAGAUUUCAGCAGCCAGGUCUUUAUCUAGCACCAGGAGAACAAGGUCUGCAGGUGGGACUUCAUGAGGGUGUUAGAGUGAUUGUAUAGUAGUGUGCAACACAAAGCCUUCAGGAAAUUCACAAAGUGAAUGAAAACAAAUGUUUCAAAAAACUUUUUUAUACAAAAGAAAUUAGAAAAUGUAUACCAAGACCUGCAAAAAGGAUGCCCUUAGUCUAUAAUUGCAUCUUGCAGACCCACUUUCUUGUUCUGGAGCAUUUUGGUACCAAAUUGUUCAGGACGUCUGUUCAGCACUUAUAUUUUUUACAGUAUGUUUGUAUCUUUGUGAAUUGGACUAACAUAGUUACAAAAUGAUGUCCAUUUAUGUGUCUGUUUUGUUUCACCUUUUGUUUUUGUACAGAAAUUGACAAUCGCAGAAAAUCAAGUGCAUAAUAAAAACACAUAUUUUGGUGUGUGUGCGAACAUAUUUUGUAACGAUUUGACUCAAAAUUGUUCAAAUUAAUUAUUAAAACUGGACAAUCGUU